CGUUACCGUGUUGUAAGUACGCGCACGCUCCAUGCAUGCCUGACGUACUACAGUAGUUCCCUACUGCAUCUGGAAAUGCCUUGCUUUUUUGAGCACUUCUCCAUGGUCGAGACGCUACAUUGGUGCGUUAUAGCUUCUCUGACCAUCAGUUCCCAUAAACUGGGGACGCCCUCGCGCUCCCCUGUCGCUUGUCCCCUGAGUUUUGUACCCGCUAUGUGACCGUCUAGUACCAAACUUUACCUCCCCAGUAACGUAGCUGUGCCUGGCAACCACCCACCAUGGCCCGCACAAUGCAAACGAUACAAGAGGAAAUAGACGCUAUCGUGCCGUACAGCAUGCACGUCUCCUCCCGCUAUCUGGACCGAACGAAGCAGAAACUAGAGAUCACGCGCCUCCCCAAGGAAAACGCAGUGCUCACUUCAUCCGAACAGUGGGCACUCGGCACGCCCAAAAGCGCUCUGGAACCAUUGCUGGACCACUGGCUCGAAGCGUACGACUGGCGCAAACAGGAAGAGCAGUUCAACACAAGACUCCCUCAGUUCCGUACGCUCAUAACACUUCCCCCGGGAAGCGAAGGACAAGAGCGGAAACCGAUUCGCACGCACUUCGUGCACGCCCGCUCGUCCCGCGUCAACGCUGUGCCACUGCUGUAUAUCCAUGGGUGGCCGGGGAGUUUCAUUGAGAUCCAGCGUAUUAUUGAUGGGCUCGUGAACCCCAACUCCACUCCGACAGACGGCACAGACGCCAAAGACGAGCUAGCGUUCCACGUGAUAUGCCCCAGCAUACCGGGUUUCGGGUUCAGCGACGCGAGCGAAGAAGCAGACUUCGGCGCCUCGGGAGCGGCCGGGGUCUUUGGGGCGCUGAUGCAGAGACUGGGGUAUGACGAGUACGUUGUCUGUUCAGGGGGCUGGGGGUUCGAAGUCGCCAAAGCUCUAGCUUUGACAGAGCCAGGCAGAGUGCUGGGACUGCAUACGUGGAACCCCGUCUUUACCGCGCCGGCAAUGAGGUCGCAACCGACCGCCUGGACCAAGUGGCAGUUGGCGCGAUUCACCAAGGCCCGGUAUCCAGCAGUGAGCUUCGGAUACACGCCCUCAGAAGUCACCACCUCGGAACUGCUAGAUCAGCCGACGGCGAUCGGACGACCGCUCGGGCCAGCCAUGCACCAGCUCUUCUCUCUCCGGCCGCAGACUCUUGCGUUUUCGCUGUGCGAUUCGCCCGCGGGACUGCUGGCGGUCCUCCUCGAUCUCAUCGCGACGCAAGGCCCCGCAUCCCCACUGGCUGUCCGGCCGCGAUCGCCAUUCUUGGAUCCUGGGGAGCUGGAGAUUCAGGACCGGGAGUACGAGGCCGCGGGACACGAGUGCGUGCGCUCGGAUCACACAGCGAGGGCUUCUCUGAAUGGCGGCGCGGGCAAGACUGCUGGGGAGAGGAGAGCGUGGAGCCCGACAGACGUGUUGAAUUGGACAAUGAUGUAAGUCGUCCUUCCUCCCCUUCUCACUGCAUACUCAUCGUUUCCAGGAUGUGGCUCCCAGGCGCUGAAGCCGGGCUCCGCUGGCUGCGGCGAGCGCACAUCGAGACAUCGAAUCCC